GUGUUUUGCGUUUUAUGUGAAAAAUUCUCUUUUGGAGUAUUAUGGUCAUUAAUAGUUGAGGUCAAGUGGUCGAUUCUAAAGGUACAGCAGAGAGAACGGAUUAAUACGGGAUAGAUUACAAAGGAUCAAAAUGGUGUUAACGAAUUCUCAAAUGGAGUAUAUACUCCAGUUAUUCUUAGAGGAGGUUAACAGCCACUGGGCCAAGAAAAAGGGCACAGCAAUCCAAGGCAAGGUCAACGCCUAUAUAGCCCUCCUCCCGAGUAGACAGUCCCUGGACAGACAAAUGUCCCGACGGUCCACUACCGCCAGAAAGCGCGCUAUCGCGCGAAGCAACAAGAUCCACCCCGAGAAAAAGAAUGCGGGACUAGAGGAAUUGGAGGAGCAGGGGAUUGACAUCUCCACCCUGGAGGAUGAGGACGAUCUAUACAAGAUCAUGAACGCCAUCAAACAACUGCCCUGCCCUCUGGCGGCAAAAAGGCGAUUCAGAGAGAAAUUACUCCAGAAAGAGCUGAAAAAAUCUUCUGGAUGUUGUGGCUCUGGCAACUCCAACAGACAGAACUGGAGAAAGUUUAAAAUAUGGAAGAAAGAAAUGAGCUACAAAUUGGAACCCUGGGGUUCAUGGCUGAAAAACGUAGAGGGUCACCAAGGUACCGGCGUCGUCUCUUAUUUUGUAUUCCUACGAUGGCUGUUUUUCCUGAAUCUUUUCAUAUUUCUGGUUAUGUUACUGUUUGUUACUAUCCCUUUCGCUGCCUUUUCAAAUUACGGUUACUCGUAUGCUGUCCAAGGUGAAGGGAUUUCAGGCCUCGAUGUAGCAAGUGCAGGGACGUGUACACCAUUAUACACAGUCAACGUCAGCUCUGAUGCUGCAACUCUUAUACAAGACUUCCUACAAGGCUCUGGCUGGAUGGAGAAGACGGCCAUGUUUUAUGGUUUCUAUGAGAGCCAGGACUUGACCAUCGGUUCGGUAGGCGACCAUCGCUAUAACUACGUCAUGCCACUGGCUUACUUACUGACGUCAAUGGUUGUCCUGCUCUUCAGUUUAAUCACAAUGGCUAGAUACACCAUGCAGAGCUUCAGGGAGAAUCUGGAGGACCGUAACGAGAAACAUCAGUAUUGUAAUCGUGUGUUUGGGGGCUGGGACUACGCCCUCAGUGAAGAAGGAACAGCUUUACUUAAACACAGGAGUCUGUAUAAAGACCUAGUUGGUGAACUAGCAGAACAACGUCACCUAGAGGCUCGAAAGAACAUGAAUAGCAACCAGAAAUGUAAGCUGUACACCUUGAGAUUUUUUAUCAACUUCCUGGUGGUGUGCAUUCUGGGAGGAUCUGGGUACCUCAUAUACUGGGUCACAGCCUGGGUGACCGAGUUUUUGGCUGAACCAAAUUCUAGGACAGACAAUGACAAUUUUGUCAUUCUUCUGGUGGAAUUCUUGCCCUCUCUGACAAUAACAGCUCUUAACGGAAUUGUGCCUCUGAUUUUUGGAAUAGUGGUUAAGGCGGAGGAUUAUACACCAGAAUUUACUAUUAAAAUCACUCUCAUAAGGACAGUUUUCUUGAGGUUGGCCUCUUUGGCUGUGUUGAUCGCCACUAUAUACAGAAGUGUCUCCUGUUCAGAUAAAGACACCACAUGUAAUGUUGGACAGAAUAGCUGCGAUGAACUAAGAUGUUGGGAGACGUAUGUUGGCCAGAACUUUUACAAGUUAAUUGUGUUGGAUUAUCUGGUCAAAAUUGGGGUGACUCUUGGAUAUGAACUUCCAAGAAAAAUACUAACAACAAAAUGCGAGGCGUCUAUUUGUAAAAAAGUAGGACCGGCGGAAUUCGACAUUCCUAAAAAUGUUCUGGAUAUUGUAUAUACACAGACAUUAUGUUGGUUGGGAUUCUUCUAUGCUCCUCUUGUACCAGCGCUUGCCACAAUUUCCCUUUUUACUCUGUUCUACCUGAAAUACCUGUCAGCUAUGUAUAACACCAACCCGCCGGAAACUCCCUAUAAAGCUUCCAAGUCUAACAAUUUCUUUAUGAUUGUGUUGAUGGCGGCCUUUUUCCUAUGUUGUUUACCAGUGGGAUACACCAUGGUCAAGUUAACUCCGUCAAAAGGAUGCGGCCCGUUCCGGAUAUAUAGCUACAUGACGGUUAUUAUAGACGCCACAAUCUCCAACUUCCCGUCCUGGCUCCAGACCUUGGUCGGAAUUUUUACCUCCGGAUCUUUCAUCAUCAUUCUGGUCGUUCUACUGUCGUUGGUAAUUUAUUAUACGUCCUCAAGAUCUAGUGCACGUGCAGCCAUGAUUGUCAUGCUGAAAGAACAGAUGAUUAUGGAAGGAAAAGACAAACAGUUCUUACUGAACCGUAUUUACGAACUGACGGGAGAAAAGCCUGGGUCGAAAAAGAGGGAGUCAAAACCUCCACCCAGUCCAGGACCUCCCCCGGCUGUUAAAACUGUUAAUGAGGUCAACCCAAAAAAUGGGAGUGUCCCCACUGAUAGUGACGACAUCGAGACAGAACAGAAGAUACUAAAUCUUGAGUUAAGACCCAAAGGCGAUGUACCAGAAUCAGUAGCAUAUAAUGACCCGGAUAAUUCUACUCGAAAGUCAGCGGAAACAACAUUACAAAGGGAAAUAACUCCGGUAGAUUGGGAUCAAGUAUCCGGGGAGCAGGACACCACUAGGACAAAAUCAACUGUCACUGCAUCGAAAGUAGCGUUCGAUUUCUAAUAGGGCAUUGUGGUUUUCUUUUGUUUCUUUGGGACCAGGCCUUCGCUAUUGACUGUGAUAUCAUUUGUGGACAGUUUUAUUUUAUCAUAUAUUUCCGCCCAUUUCCUAUCUGUGAUUUCAUAUUUUAAAGAUCAUCAUGUUUUCUGUUUUUGAUAAGAUUCCUCUUACUCUCGUUAUGUUCUUAUAGCUGUAGAAUGAUACUUCAUCCGUCCAUUAUCAUGUUUUAAUGCAAUUAACAACCGCGCCAUUUAUGUUUAUGAAACAUUUUGUUAUCUAUUUGUAUAUGUUUUAUAUCAAUUUUAAGCAAAAGUAAGAGAAUGCAAGUAUUAUGAUUAUUGAUCGACUUGUAUGAUUAUUAUUAGUAUCUAAAUGUUUUAUAUCAAUUUUAAGCAAAAGUAAGAGAUUGCAGGUAUUAUGAUUAUUGAUCGACUUGUAUGAUUAUUACUAGUAUCUAAGUGUUUUAUAU